AAUAGAGCCGGCUCACCCUUUUCACAGCCGGCUUAACCAAAAACCCGAGAGUAUUCUCUCUCUACAACACAGCCGGCUCUAGGUUCACAGCCGUCUCAACCCAAAAAAAUCGAGAGUCUUCUCUCUCUAAGCCACAGCUAGCUUUAGGUUCUCCAACCGGCUCAACCGCAGGCGACCUAACCCAAACCCGCUUUACAGCCGGCUCUGUAAUUAUAGCCGGCUCUCCUGCAGAAUUUUUAAAGCCUCGUGUUUCUCUCUCCCCGCACAAACCAACCCAAAUCUGUUUCAAACCAACAACCUCUCCUCUCCCAAAACUCAUCAUUCACUCUCCCAAACACCAAAAUCUCUCCAAAUCUCCAAAACCCAUCCCUUAAACACUCAAAUACCACCAAAUCCUUGCCUACCCAACACAAAUCUUCAAGCUUUUCACUUCAAUCUGUGUGGGAUCUGCUGUAUUUUUGGUGUGGCUGUUGGGAUUUCUCUCUCAUGGCUUCAAGAAGGGCUGGAAGUAAAAGGAAACAAGUGGGGAGUUCUAGUGCCGGUGGCCAAGCGCAAGAAGAAGGUAACCUCAUUGAUAAUGCUCUAUUUGUGGAUGAUGAUGCCAUUAAUCGCUAUAAUUUUUUCAAAAACUUGGCUGUGCUACCAUGCAAUUGUGUGAAAUUCAGUCAAUUUCCUCAAGGAGAUAUGCAUGUUGAACAAAUUUUUAGGGAACUUGGGUGGAAGGAUUAUAUAGAAAUUAAAGAACCUGUGUAUUAUGAAGUUGUUCAUCAAUUUUAUGCUAAUCUGAAACCAAUAGGGAAUAGAUGGAAAACUAUGGUUGCUAGGGUAUCAUUUCAGUUUUCUCCAAGGGAUAUUUGUGCUAUAUUAGAUAUACCUGAAGGAGGAGAUGAUGAGUUUCUAGGUGUGAAUAAUGCCUUAGUUAGAGCCACAAUUGCCCCCAAUUGCACUGAAAAUCAAAUUAAAGUGGCGUUUCUUACACCAGAGAAUAGAGCAUUGCAGUGGAUUAUAUCUCGCAUUAUUGCUCAGAGGAAGGGUUCUAAAUCUUAUGUUCUUGCCAGUGAUCUUCCCUGGUUCGAUUAUCUUCUUAACGGAAAAGGAUUGGCGAAGAGGAACAACAUUGAUCUUACAUCCUUUAGGUUCGAAACGGUUCCCGGUGGGACUACACUUACCAAAGCUUCUUUUGAAAAAAUGGACUGUUUGUUUAGAAAUGGCAUUUGGAUAAAGAAAGGGGAACAAGAAGGGGAUGAAGAAGAAGGUGAUACUGAUCAAGAAAUGGCAGAACAAGGGGCAGAAAAACAUGAAGGAGACAGCCCAAGACCAUUUCGAGUCUCCAUGCAAAGGACCAACCGUGAAACCAUGGAGUUGAUGAUAAAUGAGAUGCAGCAGCUACACACCGACUUUUAUGGCUUCCAGACAAAAAUGAGAGGGAGAAUGACUAACAUGGAAGGAAAGCUUGAUCGGCUUGUUAACCAUUUUUUUCUUCCACCCCCACCUAAUGCCAACUGACUUGAUAUUUCUUUAGUUUGGCUAAUCUUUAGGAUGGACAUCUUAGGGUUAUGCAUUUUAUGUUUUCUUUGACUAUGGAUGUGUCUUGAACCUUUUUAUCUUGUUUUAUGAAUGAAAUUGGCAUCACUUG